AUGGCCUCCAUCUUCCUUUUAUUGAUGUCUCUGGUGGUGCUUAGCUGCACCUCCACCUGCCCUCUGGGUUUGGACCUGCCUCAGAGCCAUAGCCUGGCACUGAAGGACUGAAAUGACUUUGGGUCUCCCCAGGAGGAGCUUGAUGGCAACAAGUUCCUGAAAGCCCAAGCCAUCUCAGUCCAUUGUGAGAUGAUCCAGCAGAUGCUCAAACCUCUUCGGCAUACACAUCUGAAUUACCUGGAAAUAUGUUUAAUACAAGAGAUGGCAAUUAAUGAGGACUCCUUACUGACUGCGAAGAAAUACUUCCAAAGAAUCACUGUCUGUCUGACGGAGAAGAAAUACAGCCCUUGUGCCUAGAUCAUCAGAACAGAAAUUAGGUGAGCCUUCUCUGCAUCAGCAAGUUGGCAAGAAAGACUAAGAAGUAAGGAAGAUGACCCGGUUCCAUGCGAAUACGUUUCUUAUGUAUUAACAGACUGGAUCGUACUCUACAAGUUCAGCUAUUUCAAAAACUCUAAUUUCUGCUAUAAUCAUAACAAGAAUUGA